AUGGACGAAAGAAGAUUUCCGAAUGGCAAAAUUGGUAUCCAUGGAAACAAGUUAUGCAGCGCUCCUUCGAUAUUGCCGCCCCUAUUAUUUGGCGAAGAAGCCCGCCAUCUUGUUUAUGUCUUUUGUGAAGGAGGCGAGAGAUCAAGAAAAAGCAAAAAACACGGCUAUCGGAGGAAGUAUUGCUCGCUUUGUCGCCAUUUCCACGAAGCACCUUCUUUCAAAGAUGGGAUUGAGAAGUAUUUUUCUUGCCGAGAAUCUCCCCAGAUUUUCCAGCGUGGAGAAAAAUUACUUAACAAAGGUGAUCUGAGCUCUGAUGGGGACAUAAGUCGUUUGGAAGAAAUUGGUACUCCUGUUGCAGAGGAAGAAAACUUGAGGACUCUCUCGAUAGAAGGAUUAAAAAUGUACAAGAAAAAAAGUAAAACAAGCCAUCAAUCAGGUAUAAGGAAAUCUGAGGGGGAGCAAGGAGGGGCCAGUUUGAACAGGGAGACAGAUAAGAAAAACACGUCUGCCCGAAGCGGUUGUAAAGUUUGUGCGGAGCGAACAGGUAACGAGAAUGAGAAGAAUAAAUCAAAGAAAAAGAUGAUCAAGAUAGUCCUGCCUUCAUUCGAAUGA